AUGGGAAAUGUGGUCUCCAGUGUGGCUGUCUCUGGUGUCAUCAAAGUGUUCAAUGACUUGAAGGUGAGUAAGUCGUCUUCACCAGAGGAUGUGAAGAAGCGCAAGAAGGCGGUGCUCUUCUGCCUGAGCGAGGACACGAAGAACCUCAUCCUGGAGGAGGGUGAGGAGAUGCUGGUAGGUGAUGUGGGCCAGACUGCAGACGACCCCUAUGCCAUCCUUGUCAAGGUGCUGCCACACAAGGACUGCCAUUACGCCCUCUGUGAUGCAGCCUGUGAGACCAAGGAGAGCAAGGAGGAGGCCUGGGCCCCUGAGUCUGCACCCCUGAAGAGCAAAAUGAUCUAUGCCAGCUCCAAGGAUGCCAUCGAGGAGAAGCUGAUGGGGAUCAAGCAUGAAUUAGAAGCAAACUGCUACGAGGAGGUCAAGGACCACUGCACCCUGGCAGAGAACCUGGGGGCCAGCGUUUUCAUCUCUCUGGAGGGCAAACCCCAGACCUGCCCACGGGGGUCUCUGCGCUGGUGGCUUCUCAUCACGCACCUGCUCACCUGCUGA